UGUGUGUGUGUUUGUCGGAGACACAAAUUUUUUUUUAAAUAUUACAUUGAAUGUAACUGCAGUAGCUUGUAUGGGAAAAACAUUAACAGUUCUACAACCAUGCACACGCGAAAGGUUCUGAAUGGGUAUUAAAAGCGGGGCAAAACGUGUUUAAUCUUGUGUUCAAAGAAACUUGUGUUGAAAGACCUAAAUUGCUAACCUGAAUUGCUAACCUGUUUUGCUGGAGCUCAGGAUUGUACAAUGAAGCCAUCUAGCCACUAAAACCCUGAACACUCUAUUUUAGAAACAGUGAUGAAUGUACUUCUUACUGCACUCCUGAUUUUGAGGCACCUACUUAUUUUUUGUCCACCAUUAACUAAUAACAUAUGCACAAGCACAUAAUAUAAUUUUAUUAUGCAUAGGGUAUAGAAUACAUAAUACUCCACUUAAAAGGUGUGGGCAAUACAGAUGAAUCUAACACUGCUUUUCCUGGUAUCAUGAAACCCUUCUCAGGUAGUGCAGCUGGAAGAGCCGCCUCCAGUGAUGUCAUCAGAAAAUCACUAAGGUUUUGAGGGACCUUAUUUAAAGGACUUGUGCUACCCUGAGUUUUCAGAAAAUCCUGGAAUAUUACCCACAAAGGAAUUACUUGUUUCACUCUAUGAAAUUUCUGAGACAGGAAACUGAAGGAGACACCUUCCUAUAUCUUAUCUAUGUCUACUUUAACCAUGUCAGUGCAGUCUGCAGUUCUUCAUGUGUUGGGCAUUCUGUCUCUGAUAUGCAGCAGUUUCGGAAAUGAAUUAAGUGUUCCAAAACCCAUUACCUGUGAGACUCGUGCAGCAGACCUGCCAGACAUAUCUCAGCUGGUGCUCUGUCCUGCCAACUGCACGCUGUGGAAACUGUCCGUGUUUGGUUCAGGGGUUUAUGCCUCAAUCUCCAGCAUCUGUGGUGCUGGUGUGCAUAGUGGAAUUAUAGGAGCUUCCGGGGGGCCUCUGGAGGUUCAUAAACUACCAGGCAGGACUAGCUACCUCAGCUCUUACGCACAUGGCAUACAAGCUCAAGAAUUGUCCCGGUGGACUACAUCUUUCACUGUGGCCAGAACAAUCAGCUCACCUAUGGAAGUAUCCAGCCAAACCAGCAGCUCGGCUAUCCCACCACCUGGAGCAGCAAAGAAAACUGUUAAGAAGAACCUGAAAAAAACUCCAGCAGCAGAAAAGAGAGACUGCCAGGUGGAUAUAGCUCUGAUCCUCGACAGCAGUUACCACAUAGGGCAUCGUCGCUUCAACCUGCAGAAGAACUUUAUUGGUAGAUUAGCAGCAAUGCUAAAGGUUGGACCAGAUGGCCCACGUGUGGGAGUGGUGCAAGCCAGUGAGACACCUAGGAUUGAAUUCUACUUAGGAAACUACAGUAUGCCCAAAGAUGUGAUGUUUGCCCUGAAAGAGACUGCUUACAUAGGGGGCAACACCAACACAGGCAAGGCAAUAUUGCAUACAGUAAGGAAUUUCUUCAAUCCUGAUUAUGGAGUGCGAAGAGGUCAUCCACGAAUUAUUGUAGCCUUUGUUGAUGGAUGGCCCUCUGACAACCUGGAAGAUGCAGCUGUAAUGGCUAGAGAAUCUGGUGUCAAUGUGUUUGUGGUGACUGUGGCCAAGCCUAUCCCUGAGGAGAUGGCACUGGUUAGAGAUCAGGAUUUCAUGAAGAAGGCAGUCUGCAAAGACAAUGGCUUCUUCACAAUGACCAUGCCCAGCUGGUUCAGUACAAACAAGUUUGUAAAGCCUCUGGCUCAGAAGGUCUGCUCUGUUGACCAGCUGCUCUGCAGCAAGACAUGCUAUAACUCAGUUAAUCUUGGCUUCCUGAUUGAUGGUUCCAGCAGUGUUGGUGAUACAAAUUUCAGACUGGUGCUAAACCUCCUAAUGGCUAUUGCUCGCAACUUUGACAUCUCUGAAAUUGGAUCACGUGUUGGAGCUGUCCAGUUCACCUAUGACCAAAGACUGGAAUUUGGGUUUAAUGAAAACACAAGAAAAGAUGAUGCCUUGAGGGCUAUCCAGAAUAUCCCAUACAUGAGCGGUGGUACAGCCACAGGAGAUGCCAUCACCUAUACUGUGGAGAAUCUGUUCCAGCCUCGCACAGUGGGCAUAGGCAAGAAAUUCCUCAUCAUCAUCACCGACGGCCAGUCCUAUGACGAUGUCAGAGGGCCAGCAAUAGCUGCUCAAAGGGAGGGAAUUACAGUGUAUUCCGUGGGUGUGGCCUGGGCGCCAAUGGAGGACCUGAGAGCGAUGGCGUCCGAGCCAAAAGACACGCACACUUUCUUCACACGCGAGUUCACGGGCCUUGAGCAGUUGGAGCUACCCAUAGUACGGGGUAUCUGCAGGGACUUCACUGAGUCCACUUAGAAAGUUCUUGAAUUUGGAUGGAUGGGUACAAGGAAGAAAAGAAAGGGAAGAACAUUUGUGAGAAAACGUUUUGAUCUUGUUUGGCUAUUUUUACACAUACUAGAACGAAAAUUGUAGUAUUUUUUGUUUUUUUUUUCUUCCAAAGCUAGAUAUAUUCUCUCUGUGCAGGGAUAGGGCUUUUGUCAUAUCGUUUGGUUGGUAAAACAGUUUGUAUGAUUGUAUGCUUUAGAGGUGUGCUUGAUCCAAAGGGUUUUACAGUUUAAUAUGAGUAUGUAUAAUGCUAUAUCAAACUCAAAUUCAAUGAUGUCAUUAUUUCAUUCAUUAUUUUAGAGAUGAAUCUCAACGGAACCUUUUUUUCCCCAAAGAUUGAGAUCCGAAAUUAAUAUAAUCAAUGUCAAAAUCAAUAUAAUCAGUAAUAUAAUCAGUUUCAUUAUUUUAAAAAAAACCCAAAAAGCUUUAUAUGAUUGGUGGAACUGUCAAUUUCAUAAAGGUCUGAUGCUUCCAUCUUCAUUGGGGUGCACAACAGUUAUUAAUGCCAACGGUGGUGUCCAAAACAAAAAGGUUUGACAAAGCAGACGUGUGUUCUUUCACAGGUUGACCUGAACGAAUAUCUUUCUGCAUUCCAUAGAUUAAAGUUUAGCCAGACUGCAGCAUCUCAUAUGCAAGCUAUAACAUAUUAAGCACUUGUGUCCCUGGGGAUCCAAAUUACACAAGCACUGUAAUACAUACACACAGCCUUUUCCUUAGUUAUCAUUUAAUAUGUUAACGUCACAUUUCAUUUUUGGAGAUUUUGCAGUCACAUUACAUGUGUGGAUAUCUUGAAGAUCACAUUUGUACUAUUAGUAGUAAAGAUGGAUGAUCAUACAUAUAUACUUCUUUUUAUUUUGCAUUUUUUGCUUAAAUGAUGCCACGUAUCACAUGUUUCUUUUAGACAUCUAUAUGCAUGCUUAAAUGCCUUGCAAACUGAGGAGGGAGGGGAGGGGGUGGCAGAGUGAUUGUACAUUUCUGUUUAAUUUAUUACUUUCCUCUCAAUAAAGGACAAGGUGUUUUUACAAGAUG